AUGACCUACCACGAAACAAGAUUGGCUCGAGGUCAAACAGAGCUUUCUAAAAGGGUUCCAAUGGAGGAUUUAAAGAAAGGGCCAUGGACGCCGGAGGAAGAUUCUUUGCUGUUUAGUUACGUCAGUAUUCACGGCGAAGGCCACUGGAAUUCCGUCGCUCGUUCUACUGGGUUGAAGAGAACCGGAAAAAGCUGUAGACUGCGGUGGCUGAAUUAUCUCCGCCCUAAUGUCCGCCGCGGCAAUAUCACUCUUCAGGAACAGCUUCUCAUUCUCCAACUCCACUCCCGUUGGGGCAACCGGUGGUCGAAAAUAGCGCAAUUUCUACCGGGGAGAACGGACAAUGAGAUAAAAAAUUAUUGGAGGACGAGAGUUCAAAAGCAAGCGAAACAGCUGAAUUGCGAUGUCAACAGUCAACGUUUUCGAGACGCCAUGAGACAUGUUUGGAUCCCUCGCAUGGUCGAGCGGAUCACGGCCACCCACUCUCUUCAAUUUUCCCAAUCCCAUUUCCAUCCCAACCCCAAAAUUUCUCUGCUAAGAACACUCGCCAGCCAUGGAAGCAACAGGAAGGCUAGAACAAGCCUCAGUCUCAGAGCAUCUUGGCCCUCCAUUUCCAUUGCCCUAUUCGGUUCAGGCUUUCUCUUAGGUCCUCUUCUCGAUGGUCUCCAUUCUCGGGUGAAUCUCGUCGUUUAUCAAAUGGGAUCCGUCGAUAUCGGCCCACUCCGCACUAACAUUUGUGUUCCUUUCUUGCUGGGAGUAUUUUACUGUACUGUUGGAUUGAUUCAACUCUACAUAGAUGAGAAUUUUUCGCCGAACAGACCGGAGGGGAGUUUGGGCAAGACAGUAGCAUCCUUAAUAGCAUUGGCUUUGUUUAUUGAAUUGAGUGCUGAAAUGUACAAAGCUGGAGUGGCUCCCAACAUUGAGGCAUAUGCAUUGUUUGCUGGGGCUGAGUUUAUAUGGGCAUUGCUUGAUAGUUCAUUGCUUGGCUUCUCACUGGCUUGUGUUGUUGGCCUUCUCUGCCCUCUGGCUGAGAUUCCCAUUAUGAAGUUCUUCCAUCUCUGGUAUUAUCCACAAGCGAAUGUCGAGAUCUUUGGUGAGGGGCUAAUCAGCUGGACAAUCACAUGCUAUUUUGUUUACACUCCAUUCUUGAUUAAUUUAUCGAGGUGGCUCAAGUCUGUGUUGGAUUCUGCUGCUGUAAAAAAGGAUGGGUCUGCUUAAUCAAAUGUUUUUCUGCCUAAUAGAUUGGAAGGUUGGAGCUGGGAAGAAUCAAGCAAGUGGGUGUGAGUUAAAUUCCACCUGCCAAUAACUUUGGGUAAGUUUCAUUUUGAUUCAUUUAUUGCCCAUUUGCAUUAGUUGUGAGCUUUCUGCCGCUGAUUCCUAUGUGGGGAGCGUUGAAUGUCUAUCAUACAAAAAAAAAAUCUCCUUUCUAUUAGUACUUUUGGGUUAUGUGAUGCUGGUCAUCGUGUUGAAUAUACUUUUGAUUCUUGAGUGUAUCAUUUGAGGACAAAUUGAUUAAUUUUUACGAGUCUUCUGAUCUUACGAUUU